AUGCCCCACAUGGGGGCACAGCUCGUGGCGCUUCCCAAGUGGCGAUGUGCCACGGUGCUGCUGCUGUUGACGUCGUCUCAACUGACUUCGAGCGAAAUCAAUUGGGAUAGUGAUAUCGUCGCUAAUGAGAUGGAGUCACAAUAUGCGGAGAAGGAUGCACUUACUAUGCAUUUUGGCGCAAGUAAAGCAGAUUUAACUAUUUUUCCGUCGUAUGAGGAAAUGAAGAAGAGAGUGGGGGAGUUCAAAGAUGUGGAACCAUCUAAGCUGGUACAUCAUAACUAUAAUAUGAUGACUGCUUGGUUGAAGUCUGCUGCUUUGAAUUACCCAAACAUAACCUACCUUUACUCGGCUGGUAAAAGUGUUCAAGGGCGUGACCUCUGGGUGCUAAUUGUGUCAGAAAACCCGUCGGAACACGAACUCCUGAAACCAGAGGUGAAAUACGUGGGAAAUAUGCACGGAAAUGAGGUCGUUGGACGAGAGACGCUUCUGUAUUUAAUCGAGAUUCUCUGCGUUAACUACGGAACUAACGAGUACUUAACUAACUUAGUGAAUAGCCAACGAAUUCAUAUAAUGCCAUCGAUGAAUCCGGAUGGGUAUGAACAUGGACAAGUCGGUGAUCGUGUGGGGUACAUGGGUCGGAGUAAUGAGAACAAUGUCGACUUGAAUCGCAAUUUCCCAGCGAUGUUUCCGGCUCAUCGUGAAACUUCCGGUGGCACUGAUCCGGAGCCGGAAACGUUGGCCGUAAUGAAAUGGAUGAAACAGUAUCCGUUUGUACUCAGUGCUAAUUUGCAUGGAGGGUCGCUGGUUGCAAAUUAUCCUUUUGAUGACUCGGUUUCUGGGCAAGAUCAUAUUUAUACACCAACUCCUGACGACAAAUUGUUCGUAGAGCUGGCGUAUAGAUAUGCAAGAUCUCACCCAAGAAUGUGGAAAACAGGACGCCGUUGUGGACUGUCCGCCGAUGGUGACGUGUUUUUGAACGGGAUCACUAAUGGAGCUGAUUGGUAUCAUCUAGCUGGAGGCAUGCAGGAUUGGCAGUAUAUUAAUACGAAUUCUUUUGAAAUCACUGUAGAGAUGGGUUGCUUCAAGUUUCCUACUAAUGACAUGCUUGCAAAGAUGUGGGAAGAGCAUAAAUACUCUUUGCUUUCCUACUUGGAAAUGGCUAACCGAGGAGUUCGCGGUUUAAUUCUCGAUUCGAAAGGCAAUACUGUGCCGAAUGCGACAGUUGCAGUGGAACAAGGCAAAGCCAUAACUACCACCGCUGCCGGAGAGUACUGGAGAAUGUUGCCACCUGGAAAACACAAGCUAAGAGUAGAAGCCCCAGGAUUGGAAGCGGACGUAGCUGUUGUUACAGUAGGUAAUGACAUCAUACAACAUGACUUCCAACUGAGCACCUGUGGCACACGCGAUGCAAUUGAUUCGAUAAUAGUACGCGGGAGUGGGAGGAUUCGCAUUGCAGUGGUGGGCAUCUCUGCAAGUGCAUCUUUUAUCAUACGUAAGUUCGCACAUCAAUCCUGCUCUGGAGAAUUUGACUUAGACCCGGAUAUCCACCUGAUGAUGGCCCCACUAUUGGACGCCACGGAGGUUAUUGCGCGGCUUCAAAUGUUCAACCCAGCUGUGGUGCUAGCGAUAUCUGAAGGAUUCGUUGAAGUCGUCACCUUCAGCCCCCUUGUCAAUCAGCCACUUCUCUUUAAUAAGACUGCUGUAGAUGAAAGUCUUACGAAAGCACUCGGUUACGGAACGGAUUGUGGAAUGCCUAUUCGGGACGCCCAUGUGGCACUAGCCAUGGAUGAUUUGAGGCUACAUGCUGCAUUUGAGCUUGGCAUAGGAAUGGGAUGUGAAAAUUCUACAGAUUUGGCUAAGAAGGCAGCUACUAUUGGAACUGUAGUGGAUAUGCUCAAGAAGACGAUCACUUUGGAUAGUGUCCAAGAGUACUCCGUGGUGCCGUCGGCUAAUCCAGCUGACCAUUUCACUCCCGAUCAAGUGGUUAUGGUGACAAGUGCAUCGAUACCAUAUAUGGAAGGCAGGCAGUGUUUGACCUCUAUCGAAACUCCAAGCCCACUCCUAAGGUUGUAUCGCAUGGGUAGCGGCAAACCACCCUACACCUUAAUACUUGCUGUGGAAAAGAGAACCGAAACCCUUGUUUACGAAAUGAUGUCCAAGUGGUGUACUUCUGCUGAAACUGAGGGUGUCGAGAAGAUUCUUCGUGAAUCUACAUUAGUUUUUGUGCCCGAAAUACCUCAUACACAGCUGAAUUGUCAUGAUUAUGCCACAAUUGCGCCGUUCCAAGCCUUAGUGAAUGAUAUUAUCCACAUUGUUCCACAAAUCGACUACAUUGUAAUGUUUGGAAGUGGUGGAAUGAAGGUACGAUAUAUCAAAGCGAGAGCAGGAGUUGCAGAGAGGUCGGCGAAAGUGUACAGGUUGUCCCACACACAGCUGGCUCUUGGAGAAGAAAAUAUCUGCACGGGCGGAAUUCAAACUGAAAAGCAUGUGUUUGGCGCUUUUGAAUGGAACCUAACAACUACUUGGCCGCUGGCCCCUGAUGCACUCUUCGUGCAGACCGGUUGUUGCUAUGAAGAAAGAGGAUCUGGUCAUUUAUACGCAGAAAACCGACGAAGUAUCGUUGCAAUGAUGAACGAAAGGAUUAAAGGCGUGAGGCUCAUCGGCGACGAUUCAUCAUUGACGAUCCGAGGAGCAUCCGGCGACGUGCAUCCAAUACAGAUGACAUCACCGACACAAGGAGCGACAUUCAUAGGCUUAGCGAAUGGCACGCACUUUGUCCGAGUGGAGAAAGGCGGAAAGCCUUACGUUGAAUUUAGCAUCAAGAUAACAGAUUCAAACCCUUUGACGGAGAAAUGGGUCCUAUUGCAUCGCUCCUUGUGGAAUAAUACACUAAUUGUCGCCGCAGUGGUAUUUCUGCUAAUGAUAGCUUGCUAUUUCGGCUGUCGACAACGUGUGACGUCGGUACUAAAUCGGAGAGGUUUUCUGAGUAGUCGUAAAGGAUUCGAACGGAUACCGUUGUAUAAGAGCGACGAAGAGGAUGAAGAUGACCUAUUUGACUUUCAAAAAUUAUGA